AUGACGCCCGCUGAAGCCGUCCUGGCCGGUGCCGUCUUAUUUCCGGAGAACGAGGAGCCGUGGUACGAGCACACGAUCAGCCUUCCCAAGCAGUACGAAGGUGUCAUGCCUGCGCAACAAAUCGAUGUGGAUGAGCCAACGAUUUCGGCGGCUUCUUACCUGGUGUACGCUUUCCUCAGUGGCUUCCUCGUGCUGCUCGUGCUCGUAGCCAUCAUUGCCUACGUCGUCUCCUACAUGGGAACGAAAGCUUCGGAGUACGUACCGCUGGUGCUAUGCUACUACGACCCCACUAUGAGCACGAAGUACUCGCCUCCCUUCACGAAGACCGACCUGUGCGUCGAUUGCUGCUCGCACCUCGUCUACGACGGGCUCGAAGUCGAUCCGAGUGGCCACAUCAAUGGCAGGCAAAGCUCGGGGCCAGCACCAAGCGACAGCAUAGGGGACUGGUUAUCGCUGAAGCAGACAACGCGCCUGAAACUGCUGGUGGGGUUGCGGCUCAAGAAGACUACCGCACAGUUCGCCACAGUCAAGGAUCAACGGAUAACUCAACUCGUGCAGACGCUACGCGACACCUACGCCGCGGAAAGCGGCUGGGAUGGUGUCGUGAUCACCAGGACGAACGCGGACGUGGCCGCGGAGAUCUUCCUUUACGAGGCACUGCACAAGGACAUCGCCAAAUCGGACUUCCAGAUAAUGGCUCACAUACUGCCAGCCUUGAUUCAAUUCUACGAUUUCCCCUUAAUGGAAAGAUACGUGGACCUCAUCGUAGUAGAAACGCACGAUUUCUCUGCCAAAGGAAAGGCCUUCCCACCGUGCAUGUACGAGUCCGGCGGCUACAUCGAUGCAGUCGACAAGAACCUUGUGGACGUCCUAAACAAUGUCCGCGACCGAGCGGAACAGGCCCUUGCCAAGCUGGUGCCGACCGUGUCGACGGUCGGCAAGAAGUACAACUUCGCAAGCGUCCAGGCAACCAGCCUCGGCGAUCGUGUUGCCAGAGACUUUCCCGAUGACGAACCACUCGUCAGCCUCUGUCAAAAGCUGCGGACAACGGGCACGCCUUGGAAACUAGAUUUCGAGAACAAGACCAAGUGCGACGCGGCUUUCGACGGCGGUGUUGGGUGGAUCGGCUUCGAGAGCGCGAGGUCCGUGAAGCUCAAGACUGAGUUGGUGAAGAAGAAACGGCUCGUGGGGAUCGCCGUGCUCAACGUGGAGCAGGACGACCGGUUAUCCUGCGCGAGCGACAAAUAUCCGUUCCUGCUUGGAGCUGUGUACAGAGACCUGCGCCCGCAAUCCGGCUAG